AAUUGAAAUUUGAGUUUCACACAUGCUUCUCUUUCUAGUCUCUUCAUGUAGAUAUGAUCAUGUUAGUUGAUGUUUGUCAAGUUCAUGAUAUUUUUAAAAGAUUUAAUGGCAUGGUUUUCUGGAUUUUUGAUUGAUAGCAGGCAUUGCUAUAUCAUAUAUAUUUCUCAUUACAUCCCUCCUUCCACUGAUUGUUAUAAGCACAAUUAUUAAUCCCUACUUGGCUGAUGGAAGGGAAGGAUGGAAUGGGGGUGACUGGACAUGAGGCUCAGGACUCCUGGGUCCCCAGGACUGCUCUCCCACACCUGCCAGAUUACUGGGUCCCUUCCACGGGGAUAAAUGAAAACCUAGCCUGCAAGCUUCAGUCCUUCCUCGUCCCUCCCUGCUCAGGGGGCUGUAACUGCAGGGUGGGACCGAGAUAAACAAGACCUAGGUUGGAAUCCUAGCUCAGGGAGACCCUGGGAAAAACCCUUUUUGUUCCUGAGCCUCAGUUUCCUCAUGUGAAAAAGGAGAGUGUUGGACUAGAGGUUCCUUUAAGGUUGCUUCAGCUCCAGAUUCCGGGAUACUGGAGAAGGGUCCGGGAUGGGAGCGGGGCACUUGCCUGCACGGGUGAGUCCCAGUACCUUCCGCCCGCACCACGCGGUUCCAAAGAGCAUCUAAGCCUGAUCCGGGAGGAUGCAGGGCUUCCACCUACCCCAGUGGCGCAGCGUACUUUGCACAUUGACCCAGGGAGCGGGCCUUCUCUGAUCUCCACCUUCCCUACCCGCCUCCUGGGCGACGUCAAAGGGCCGGGGCCGGGGCUCGGGUGUGCUGGCAGUGCGCUUAAAAAGAUCCUUCUGCCCAGACCCUCGUGUGCGCAAGUGUCUUCUCUGCUCUACUGGCGCGAGUGUCUGCUCUACUCUCCCGGAACGAGUGUCUGCUCUGCUCUCCUAGCGCAGCCGCCGCGAUGUCCUCUGCAGCUCGGACUCAGGACCGUCCGGGCACCGUGCUGGGCGCGAUGGAGAUGGGCUGGCGCAUGGACCUGGCAGCCAGCAAGGUCUGCAUGCAAGCCUUCUUGGACCGCGGCUACCGUGAGGUGGACACAGCCCACUAUUAUGGCGAAGGCCAGUCCGAAAGCUUCUUGGGCAGCAUGGACCUGGGGCUGAAAGACGGCAGCAAAGGAGUGAAAAUUGCCACCAAGGCCAAUCCCUUGGAUGGAAAGACCCUCAGUGCUAGCAGUGUCCGGUCCCAGUUGGAGACUUCCCUGAAGAGGCUGCAGUGCCCCAAAGUGGAUCUUUUCUACCUGCAUUUUCCAGACCAUGUCACCCCCAUUGAGGAGACACUGGAGGCUUGCAAUGAGCUACACAAGGAGGGUAAAUUUGUAGAGCUGGGCCUCUCUAACUACGCCUCCUGGGAAGUAGCUGAAAUCUGCACUCUCUGCAAGAAAAAUGGCUGGGUCCUCCCCACUGUGUACCAGGGAAUGUACAGCGCCAUCGACAGGCAAGUGGAGAAGGAGCUGUUCCCCUGCCUGCGUCACUAUGGACUGCGGUUCUAUGUCUACAGCCCUUUGGCUGGUGGUUUCCUGACUGGCAAAUACAAGUAUGAAGACAAGGACAAAAAACAGCCUAUAACCCGAUUCUUUGGACGGCGUGUCUCUCAGCUGUACCAUAAGCGCUACUGGAAAGUACUUCACUUUCAAGCCAUUGAUCUUGUGCGGAAAGCACUAGCUGCAUCUUAUGGGGCCAACCCUCCCAGUAUGACCUCAGCAGCCCUCAGGUGGAUGUACCAUCACUCCCAGAUCCAGGGGGCCCGUGGAGACGCCGUCAUCCUGGGCAUGACCAGCCUGGAGCAGCUACAGCAGAAUCUGGCAGCAGCAGAGGAGGGCCCUCUGGAGCCUGGGGUGGUGAAGGCCUUUGACGAUGCCUGGAACCUCAUCGUCCAUGACUGUCCCAACUACUUCUGGUAGCUCUAGCCCUGGUGGUGGAGAGAGGCCCCCUCACUGAUGCUGGCUGUCCCCAUGCUCUCAGCCCCAUCAGCCAGCCUUUGCCUUAACCUGCUGCAGCCUGAGCUCUGUCUUUCAAAUUGUCCCUGUUGUCUGAAUCCAUGGUUUUCUAGCCUCCUUCCUGGAGGUGACACCUCUGGCCCCCUGCCCUGUUGCUCUUACUGUUGAGAAGGGUGAGGGCCACGACCAGCUCAGUCCUGUCCUGUUGGAAUAAAAGCAAAUAUUGCACAAGA